AUUUUUGCAUGCGCAAUCGUUGUUUAACGCAAUGAUCUGUCACUCGUCUGUCAUUGUUGUUUAAGGUUAACUCGUCGAUCCGUAAAACUUUUUGGCGCUUUAUUGUAACAACAAAAGUCGUCGCGAUCAAAAUGACGUCCUGUUUCGAGAACAUGCAGGUGCCGUCGUGCGUCUGGUUCGAGGGCGGCGAGAAAAGAAACGCUCUGGUUUCCAUGCUCGCGGGCACCCUGUUUUUUGUAGGAUGGUGGUUUAUAAUAGACGCUCACGCAAAGUAUCCAAGUGAAAUGGCAAACGCAUAUCAUGUCUGUGGAAUAUUUGGCACCAUAUCGCUCUUUAUGGUCAAUUCGGUAACAAAUGCGCAAAUAAGGGGAGAAGCUUACAACGGCGGUUGUUUAGGAGCGAAAGGUGCGAGGAGUUGGUUGUUCAUAGGAUUUGUUAUGGGAUUUGCAGCGGUUAUAGCGGCCUGUUGGAUUUUAUUUGCCAACUUUGUGGUCGCAGGUGCAACUUAUCACUGGCCUGGUGUGGGAUUGUUCCUGCAGAAUGUGUUUAUAUUCGCAGGCUCGCUCAUAUAUAAAUUCGGUCGGUCCGAAGAUCAGUGGGGUUAAUGGAUACGCGCGCGUUGAUGAUGCGCGUCCACGUUGAUCGAAGAACUUUUUUAUUACUGUACAAUCAAUUAACAUGUUCACACAGAGCAUAUUAUUAAAUCUUGUACCUUUCUCGACCGAAACAAGCUGCUGAGGUGAACGUGUUGAGUAUCACAUAAGAAACUCGACUGGAGAUUUUUUGUAAAAUCAGUAUCGGUAUAUCUUAUAUUGCUUCUAAUCGGAAAUCCACUUUGAUCAGCAACGUUAAAAUUUAUUAUUGCUGCUUGAACGUUUUUAUAACGGUGGCGAUGUCCACUGGAAUUGAGAAAAUUAACAGUUACACAUAUCUAUUGAUACGCAUCCACACGUAAAACCACAAUUAACAUCUAACAAAUAAGAAAAUUAGCGACUUUUGUGAUGAAAAUUAAAUACGCCGCUUGUGUUAAAAUAAGUUUCACAAAUUAUAACAGUAGCUUCUUCAUGCACUUCCUAAUAUUAUUCUUCUUGUCAUCGUUUUUUUUUUUUUUUUUUUUUUUGUGUGCGUGUGCGUGUGUACAUGUGCGUGCACGCGAGUCGCGUGCGCGUGUGUGUAUUUUGUUUACGUGAUAUUUCUUAUGUGUUAUCGAAGUUAAGUAAAUAAAUCGUUUAGACAAUUAA